AUGGCUCCUAAGAAACGCCCGCUACCAUUCAAACCCGUCAGUGCAGGGAAAGCGAACUUCGAAGGGCAAAGAGCUGCCAUUCGACAGAAUGUGGAGAUAUUCAAGACCAAGGAGGACCAUCACCGUAGGAUUUUCAAAUAUCUCGUGGCGGAGCUAUAUGCUCGGAGCGAACGCCAGGGAGAUGACGACAUCACAGCAGAGCAACAUGAUAUUGUGGAAAGACUCAGAAGCAACGCCAGUGAUUUCAACUUGCUCUAUGGUGGGGAUAGCGACUUUGAAAAUGGGAGCGAAGAAAUGGUUGAUGCUGAGGAAGAAGCCUAUUUGAUAUCUCAAAGAGACGAGGUCAUUCAGCAAGUCCUCGAGCAGCUCGAUAAACCUAUAGUCAUGCGCGUGGAUGUCGAAUCAUCAUCUUCUCCGGAAACAAUUAUUCUCGAAGAGCCGGAGAUCUUGGACACAACCGAAAGUUUCGAGGCACAGUAUACGGAUGACGAAAUGGGGAUCAUAUGUGGCCUUGCCGAUUUGACCGGCGCAUCAUAUCAUCGAGCUGAGCAGUGUUUAUCCGCAACCCACUGGGAUCUGGAACUCGCUCUAUCAUACCUUGAAGAAGACCGACUCGCUUCGAGUACUGGAGGCCUUACAAAUGAUCAAAGUGAUGCCUUGAUCAAAUUCAUUCAGGAUAGGCCCGUACAGCAUGUAUCGGUGGGAUCGAGUGAUGGUGCAAAAGGAUGGGCUCUGGGACCGCAAGAGAGCGUCAACUUGAUCGCGGCACUUAGGAUCAAGUUACAGCAUGCCAAAGAGCAGAUCGCCGCUGAAUACCCACAAAACGAGGAGUUUGAACGUGCCGGCAGUAAAAUAAGAGUAGAAGAGGUAAUUGGGGAGACUGACUCAGGCUCGUCACAGAUUGAAGCUGCAUACACUGCACCAGCGAACAAGCUAGAUACCACAAAGAAAAGAAAACCCAGAAUGCGAAAAGGCCUGUCUCACUCUGGCCAACCUCUAUGGCUCGAUGCUGCAGACAACGUCAUUUCCUGCGCCGGCUCCCAAGGCACACCAUACCAACAAUACCUCCAAAUGCGACGCCGUCUCCAAAUUCAACAUUACGGACACGAAACCAUUCCCUCCGACGACCCUCAUCGCGGCAUACCGACAAGAGAACGAUGUCCACCACCUUUUGUACAAGAAGUAUCCGACGACGAAGGAGAUGACAAUGCCGUUUUCUUCGAAGAAGAAGACCCAACCAACGACCUCCAGGCCAUCAUAGAUGUCAUUCUCGCCCAAGAAGCAAAGGAAGCGAAGGAAGCAAAGGAAGCGAAGGAAGCAAAGGAAGCACAGGAAGUCGCGAAAAAAGUCAAAGCCGCAACUGUCAACGACAUUUCCGGAACAGGCGAUGAAGUAGACUCUGUAAUCGGCGAUGAGGCAGACUCGGUGAUUAGCAGCCUAGAAGGAGACACGCGGGUCAACUCUCCUGUUAGCGGCAAUGAAGGCCAAGAUGAACUCACCAUAACUCCCGCGUUAAGAGAUCUAUCACAGCCCAAGAAACUCUACAUGAGGGUCCGGUUUAACCUCGGCGGUGGCGUCGAAGUCGCGCCGGGUGAGGUGAGCAAUGAGGCUGCUGAAACUGAGGAGUUAGAACAGGAGGGGCAAUUGGAAGAGGAGGGGCAGGUGGAAGAGACUGAGCGGGUGGAAGAGACAGCAAAGGGGGAAGAAAUAGAGCAGGUUGAGGAGGAAGAGGAGGGAGAGAGAGGGAGGCGUGGGAUGGGACCGGAACGGGAGAGGACGGCGGAUGAGAUAGAGAAGAGGAGGAAGUUGUUUGUUUCCGAGGAGGAGGAUGCGUGGGAUGGAACGUUUAGUGAUGAGGAGUUGGAUUUGGACGAGGGUAUGGACGAGGAGGAAGAAGAGGAAGAAGAGGAGGGAGAGUCAGCUGGUGAUACUGAGAUCGGGAUGGAUGAUGAAAAGGAGAGUGAGGUCGAGCGAGGUAGGGAAGAGUAUCAGGGCGAGGGGCAGGGGGCCUAG